AUGAGUUUGGAAUGCUCCAUCCAUAGAUCCCGAAAAAGUUCAUACUGCUCACUCACCCGACCCAACCAAUACCGUCGCCCCGCGGGUCCUCUUCCGCCUGCUCCGCAGCAAUGGAACUCAGACGAGAUGCGGACUUGGCUGCAGGCUCGAACCGAAGAAGAAAAGACAAGGCAGGAGGAAGAGAAAACAAGACAGGAAGGACUCCGUCUAGAACAACGCAAAAUUGAGAUGGAAAUGCUCCGGUCUUCCCUUGGCGGCGGCAUCCCCCCUCCCAUGAUUCCUUUGGUAUUUACCGGCAUGGGCAGUGGUGGUGUCUUACCUCAGGCUGCUUUAGAUUGGGCUCACCAGUUCAUGAAUACGCAACAAGCGCACUAUCCACAGCUACCUCCUCCACCACCUCGACCAAUCUCGCCUGAAUCUCAGCCGCAUGGAGGUGGUUACGCCGCCUAUGCAACUUCGCCAACAAGGGCCCGAGGGCAGAGUAUCUCUGGCGUGAUAGCCCGGCCAGCCGCCGGCUCCAACCUCUCAUCAGCAGGGACAAACACACCACAAUCCGGAGGACUUCAGCCAAGUACAUCCACACUAGGCCCAUUUCAGCUUCACCAGUCCAGUGGAGGGCAGUCGAAUCAGCAGGAAUCUGAGCUCUACUUUCAUCAUUGGCAACCUCCGGUAACCCAGUCAGGACAAUCCGCUGGCGCAUCAAACAGGCCCAGCAGCCCAGUAGGCGACUCGCAGAAGAAGCGCAAAGCUGGAGUAGAUCCGCCACAGCACAGCCGUGCGAGCAGCAGCGCACAGCGUCCACGAUCGCCGCCAUCUUUUAUUCAAAGCGAGUAUGGAGGAACCUCGGGCCGCAGGCUUCACAAACGGCACAAGAGCGACGUCUCUUGGUAUCACGGCCCGCGACAUGGCAUGGGUUCGAGCCACGAAUCAGGGCGCCGCGAUCCCACUCCUGCGCGGGACAAUUCCUCAACCUCGUCCAAGGAUCGAGAGGCACAUGAAGGAUCUCGGCGGGAAUCACAGCCAGAGACACACUCACGCCUACGUCGCGAAGACGACGGACAAGCCCGAGACCGCGAUCGAGAAGCUGCAGCUCCCCCUGGCGAAAGAGCUGCGUAG